AGCCGAGCAGCGCGCGGCAGCAGAGAGGUGCCACUCCCACUGGAAUAAAACACACAAACACUUCAUAUCGUGUGUCCACGGCUCUGUCAUCAUGGCAGCGUUCAGAGGACAAACAGCUGGCAGAUGAGACUGGCUGUGUGGUGGGUCGGUUCCGCGUUAACGGGACUUCGGGACAGUCUGUGAAGAUGCUGACGUCGUUUCGUAAGCAUUAUUCUAAAACCUUUUCUCCUGGUGUGGUCAACAAUAAGAGCUGUAUGUUGAAAUUAUAAUUUCUCCCCCUGGCUGACUUCACAAUGUUUGUAUCGCACAAACUUGUCAGCUUCUCCAAAAACUCUGCUCGUCUCCUGGUUGGACCCGACAGUAACAUGGACACCUGACAGGACCACACAGAAAACCAAGUGUAAGUGGAUCCAGUGAGAUGGAAACACCCGGGUGCUGGUUUAACAGGAAAUAAAGAGCAGGCCUGCCUGCGAGCCCCACUCUGAAUCCCUGGUAACCAUGGAGACCAAGUUUGGAGAAAGACCAAAUGCAGGUGCCUUCAUCCUCAGCCCUCAGAGUGAAUCUGCAGCCAAUGAGCUUCAAGAGCUCUCCCUGCAGCCUGCCCCCAACCUGCUGCCAGUCAGAGACAGGAACGGUGUUCUCCAGCUGAAGCUACAACAGAGAAGGUCCAGAGAGGAGUUGGUUAACCAGGGGAUCAUGCCGCCUCUGAAAAGUUCAGCUUCCUUCCACGAACAGAGACGGAGCUUGGAACGAGCCCGGACCGAGGACUAUCUCAAGAGGAAGAUCAGAAGUCGACCGCAGCGCUCUGAACUAAUCAGGAUGCACAUCCUGGAGGAGACAUCAGCAGAGCCGUCACUUCAGGCCAAGCAGCUGCAACUAAAGAGAGCUCGCCUUGCCGACGAUUUGAACGAUAAGAUCUCCCACCGGCCGGGGCCCAUGGAGCUGAUCCACAAAAACAUCCUGCCUGUUCACUCCAGCAUUAAACAGGCCAUCAUAGAGUUUCCGAAGGCUCCAUGUGAUAACUCGUCAUGUGAUGAGGACAGCAAUUACAGUCUGUCUCCAGAGCAGCCGGUGAGCCAGGAGUCUCCUCUGGGCCUGUUACCUCCGCCUUCUCCUCCAGAGACGCUGGCUGGGAGCAGCAUCCCAUCUCCAACACAGGUGUCUCCACCUACUCCUUCUUUCACACCAAUCCCUGGAUCCUCCCCCUUAUUUAAGCUGACCAAUGGGACGGGAGUAUCAUCUGCCCAGAGGACACUGAUAAAGUCCCAGCCCAAACCAAGCUCCGACCGCUCCGCACAGAGACACAAAAAAACAAAGGACAUCAAGCCAAAGAUUAAAAAGUUAAAGUACCAUCAGUACAUCCCACCCGACCAGAAGGGAGAUAAAGAGCCUCCUCCCCAUCUGGACUCAUCGUAUGCCAAAAUCCUCCAGCAGCAGCAGCUCUUCUUGCAGCUCCAGAUCCUCAAUCAGCAGCAGCAGCACUAUAACUACCAUGCCAUCCUUCCGGCACCACCCAACUUUCUCUCCAACAGAGCUCAGACAGAUCAGCAGCCACCUCCCUCUUCCUCCUCCAAUUCCACAACCACCUCCUCCCCACCUCAACCUGUCGCUGCCCCCUCAACAGCCCCCUCUAACCCAGGCAGUCACAGCCGUCACACAUCUGCAAAACCAGUGUGUCUGCCUCCAAACCUGGAUGAAAUGAAGGUCGCGGAACUGAAGUCCGAGUUGAAGCUGCGCAGCUUGCCAGUCUCCGGCACCAAAAACGACCUCAUUGAGAGGCUGAGGACCUACCAGGAGCUGAAUGGAGGCAGCGACACUUCCUCCUCUUCGACAGCAGGGGGUACCACAGGGCCGGGGGCAGGAAAAUCCUCCAAAUGUGCUGCAACCUCCAACAGCAUCACAUCACAAGAACAGCAACAGUUUCAGUAUCAGUGCCAUCAAACGUCUUCUGUGACCGCUGAUGCAGGUAGCAGUGAGACCACUCCUCAGCAGCAGCUCCUGACCUGUAGCGGCAACAUCUCCCCCCCAGUCGUCUCACUCGCCCCCUCUGACCGCUCACCAGGCGCCAUGAGCCCAGAGGAUACCAGCUUUAGGAGCGACCCCAUGGGGGAAAUGAUGAAUUCACCUCUCAGCCAGGUGAACCUUCAGCCAUGUUCAGCUGCUCAGCUUCCAGCCAACAUUAAAGAGGAGCCAAAGUGUUCCACCCCAGCACCCUGCCAGUUCUCUGUAAAGCCCGCCUCUCUGCAGAACCAUCCCCUGGUCUCAUCAGGUGCCCUCACCGCUACAGCCACAGCUCCAGCUCCAGCAGUGACCGUGGACAAAGACAGGAUGCUGCAGCAGAAAGACGAGCAGAUAGAGAAGCUGACCAGGAUGCUGAUGCAGAAACAGAGGCUGGUGGAGGUGCUGAGGUGGCAGCUGGAGCAAGGGAACAGAGGAGGAGCAGAGCCGCUAGUUCUUGUAAGAGUUAAACAAGAGCCUCCCGAUAAGCCCGGUGUCCCUCUCUCAGCCCCCCCUCCUCCACAGUCAUCUGUUUCAUGUGAGAUGGAUGUUAUCAAGGUAACUGUCAAACAGGAAGCCAUGGAGGCAGAGGAAGGUGCAUGUGAGUCAGCUAUCCAAUUACCAAACACUUGUGGAUUACAGCAGUCCUCAACCCAAACGCAGAAGGCGCAGGAGCAGAUUCGGCUCCAUGUCAAGCCGCAGCAGACGAGCUCACAGACAAAACAACAGCAUGUACGUCUGCAGCAAACCACUCUGCAACUGGCCCAGCAACAGGCCAUACAGAAACUUUUGCUCCAGCAGCAGCAGCAGCAGCAGCAGCAGACAAUUCAGAACCAGAAGCAGACAAUUCAGAACCGCGGUCAGACAGUGGAGAACCUGCAGAAACUUUCCCAGCAGAGGAAGAAGAAAUCUCACAAACAGCAGCUCAAACAGCUCCAGCAACAACAGCAGCAACUGUUGCCAUCACAGCAACAGCACCAACAGUCAAAACAACAUCACCAGCAGAUGCAGCUUAAGCAACAGAUUCUACUGAAGCAACAGAAGUCAUUUUUACAGCAGCAGCAGCAGACUAAACAACUGCAACAAAUCCAGAUACAGACCAAGAUACAUCUGAAGCAACAGCAGGUGCUGAUACAGCAGAAACAGCAGGCGCAGCAGCAGCAGUCACCACAGGUGUCUCAAGCGUACCUCAACCAGCAGUCAGGCUCAGCUCCCUCUUUCCUUCUGGAUCACCUCAAGAGCGACUCCACCCCGACUCUGGUCUCCGAUAGCAACGGCAACCACUUCCUGAUUGCACUGACCAGUCACAUCACUGAGAACCAAAGAACUGAUGCACAGGGGAGCAAAGCAACCAAUCAAAUCACACUGCAGCGACUACAGUCGACACCCGCCAAGCUCCCCAGCCACAGCCCUGUUCAGCUGCCUAAAGCUGAUAACCAAACCAAACAGAGCAUGCAUGUGGGAUUUUUGAAACAACAAGAGACAAAGCCACAGAGCGGGGGCCUUCAUGUGUCUGUAGAGCCGCCUCAGCAGGAAGUUGCUCAGUGUUUGUCAGCACCUCCCAGUCUGCAGCCUUUCUUCAGGGACCAGGAGACUGCUCCCUCACCUUCCUCUCAAACUGAGUUUUGCCCUGGUCUGGAUGUCUUGUUCAGUCCUCUGACUCCAGCUUCCAUUAAGACCGCUGCCUCAUCGCCUGAUAACAAAGAUGCAGAGCAUGAAGAUGAUUUUAUUGACAUCAUCUUACAGACAGGAGAAAUGUCGACCACCUUCAAACCAGCCCCUGAUCCUUCUCUGGACCAUCUACAUCCACACUCCUCUCCUCCCUCCCCACUCCAGCUGUUGCUAUCACCCGCUGCCCCACCCAGCUAUGACACCCCACAGUCGACCCCCUCGGUUCAGUCUGAGCUUCAGACCCAGCUCGACGUCACAGAGGAGAAACAACGCCUCAGCAGCGCUGGGAGCGGACGCCUGGAGGACUUUCUUGAAAGCACCACCGGUAAGCCUCUCCUGGGGGUGGAGCCUGGAGGCCUGUUGACUUUGAUUGAUGACCUCCACAGUCAAAUGCUGUGCACCCCCAGCAUCCUGGACCAUCCCUUGUCUCCAGUGGAUACCUUCGACAUGGCAGCGGAGGGGGAGCAAGGGCUGGACGGUAUGGAUUGGUUGGACGGUAUUGGACUGGUUGGAGAGAAGAGAGAAGAGGCUCCUAUGCUGGGCCCACUCUGCCCCCAGACACCUUCUAGUGUCUUUUCCGCUGAUUUCCUGGACAGCUCUGACCUGCACAUACACUGGGACUCCUGCCUUUAGCCUACAGACUAAUAAGGGGCUCUGCUGCACUCACUCACACAUUGACUGCUGGGGGUUCAGUAUCUGAUUAGAGCACUCUUUCUGUAUCUUCUCACACGCUGGUGUAUUGAAUCUUCGAGCACUUUGACCUUUAUUUAUUUAAUUUACACUCUGGUGUAUUGAUUCUUUUGUGCAGACACUUAUUAGGCCGGUCCUAAAUCUGUUGUUGCUUCUUUAGCAACACUUCUGUCAACACAUUAGAGGGACUGCUGUGGAUGAGGACCCGAUAGUUGACAAGACACUUGUAACCGAGCCAUGGACCCGUCACUUACAUACACAUUAGUCUUGUUUCAAUGAAGGAGUAUAUCGGUUUAUAUGACCUUUGUCUAAUUAGGAGUGCAAAUCCUUUGUUACUUUUUGUUGUAAAGAUAAUCAAUUGUUUACGGCUACAGCUAAUCAAUAACCAAAGUUCAGGUGAAAGACUGAUUUUCUCGCAGCAUAGUUUAUAGGAUGGAGCAAAGAGGUUUGCAGACAGGCUGCCCUCUGAUGCAUGGCCAUAAUUCUGCAUUAAUGUCAUUCAAGGUGAUACUUUUAUGUUGUGAGACGGGGAUUCUCAUGGAUAAUGAGAGGGAUGUCCCGAUACAUCUGUAUCGGAGCUGAUCAAAGCAUUUAUUAACUGAUCAGGACAGGCUAUAUGAGCUACAUAGAGCCCAAUCUCAUCCUUUGUUUUUCGUCAGCUGUCACAUAGGUGUUUUUACUCACUGAGUUUUAAUGCAGAGCAACACAAGAGCCGUUGUCAACUCUCAAACUCUCUGCUGUCUUUUCCCGUCCACUCCGCUGAGCUCCCCAUGUGUAGGAGCAGGGACUGAUCCCCGCCUGCUGCGAAACAUCACACACCACACACGAAAACAUAGUAUGAGACUGUUUUUUUUGUACGCUACUUAUCGAAGUUCUGUGCAGUCUUGUGCAUUUUGCUCUCAUCCAUGGCGCAUGGUGUGUCACUGCCUUGCUGGGAGGACAGACAGACAGCAGUGCAGAGCUUGCAACAAUCACACUCAACAUGCCACUGCGAUUAUAUAUCAUAUAUAUAUAUCUUAUAUCAGUUGAAACAGAAUCAGCUGUUGAACACAAAUAUUCAACUUUUUUUCCUUCCUUAUAAAGUUUUAAAGUUUAAACAGGGCUCAGCGUGAUGUUCAGUGUGCAGCAACAUUUAUUGCCGACACUAGAUAUCGGGCAAAAGCCAGAGACUGUGUCGUAUUAAGUAUCUGUGAACUGUGAAUUCACCACGUCCAUGCAGAAGAGAGAAGAGACUUGGAGUGAAAAGUUCCUCCUCUUCUGUGCUGCUUCAUCUUGUCCAGAGCUGUCUGUACCAAAGAGUAGCGUGAAAGUCAAGACCGCUCAGUCCGCGGCAAAAUGUGGGGACGUCCCUAGAGGUACACUGCACAGCACAGUGACUAGCAAGAAAAAAAUAAAUACAGCCUGACUAGAAGCCAUCUCAGUUGGCUGAAUGGUUUCUGACUUGACGAUUCGAAUCUCUCGAGUUUCAAGGGGCAGUCCUGACAAAAGCUAAUAGGCAAAAAGACCAAUAACUAAGUGAUUAAUGGAACUUAAUCCACACACAAGAGGUACAAACGACAGAAAGAAACACUCAGUGGAAUACAGUUCAUUCAGGUAGGCUAACUCAGGUAAGGCUCUCUUAAAAGGACAGAGAAAUUCCCUCGAGACAGCGACAAGGCCGAAAAGAUUAAAGAGAGUGUUUGUGCUUUUAUACUUCAUUUUAACGUUGCAAGAAACUUUGACCGUGUGCCUGUGACCUCCUAUUACUGAGUAUUAAUGGCAGUGUAGCUGCAUUACUGAGGUACGUAGGCCACACACUGUCUGUGUCUACCACAUGUACUACUGUACAUAUAACAGAUGAAUAAUAGGCUAAUAAAUUAACAAUUAAGGAACCUGUUGGAUGCAGGGAAUUUUUUUCUUAUUGCAUUGCAGAGCUCUUGCAUAGACUGUACAUUGGAUUGAUUUAAACACCUUAAAGCAGUGGUUCCCACCUGGCCACAGGGUCCAGAUUUCUCCUUAAGCCUAGUUCACAUUACACGAUUUUCACCCUGACGUAAUCUUUUGAGUGUUCAUACCUGGCGACGUGUGUUUCUGUCAGCGGCAGUCUCGCCAACUGCAUUACGACCUGUGUACACACCACAAGAUUUCUCCACCGAGCCCUCGCCGACAGAGCCCCAGAUAACGCGGUGACGUCACCAAACUUGGAGACGACACAUCGUGAAGUCAUGGAUAUUCUUCCCAGUGUUGAAUC